AUGAGCUGGGCUCAGAGCCUGUGGAAGCAGUACGAUCCGAUCAAUCGGAUCAUGUUCCCGGCGCAGGGUCGCGCCGCAUCCUACGACGUCAAAGGCAAGCCCUUCGUGGGUGAGCUCCAGGUCCGCGACGUCGUGUACAAGACCAUCGUCGUGCACAUGCCCGUGCACGUCCCGGGAGGCAUGUGCGCGCCCCCCGUCCGCAUCGACGUCCCGUGCAUGAUCGUGCUCCGAGCCGAUCUCGGCACGGUGGACCCGAACACACGGCGCAAAUCCAACAGGUGCCGCGCGCGAUGCACCGUCGUGUACCUCCACGGAAACGGCACCGACAUCGGCGGCGUCGCCGAGGAGGCCAAGGCGCUGUCGCGGGACCUCGAGUGCCACGUCGUCGUUCCGGAGUACCCCGGAUACGGCCUCGCGGGCGGUAGCGCCAACGAGGACUCCGUCGACGCGGCGACGCACGCGGGAUGCCGCGUCGCGACGGAGUGCCUCGGGACCCCGCUGGAGAGGCUCAUCGUGUACGGGCGAUCGGUGGGCACCGGCCCGGCGGCGGCGGCGGCGGCGAGGAUGAGCUAUAGGAACAAACCGCCGUGCGCUCUGGUGCUGCACUCGCCGUACACGAGCAUCCGGGAUUACGCGACGGAGAAGGCGGGGGCGGCGUUGGGGGCGCUGCUCGUGUCGGAGCGAUGGCCCACGAAGCGGAACCUGGCGCGGGUGAGGUGCCCCAUCCUGCUCAUACACGGCGACAGGGACGAGGUGAUACCGUUCAGGCACAGCGCGCGGCUGAAACGGGAGAGCAAGGGGUACAAGGCGCCGUGCCACCUCCACGUGCAGAAGGGGGGCGCGCACAACGAUUUCGACUUUUUCGGCGACGUGCUCGAUCCGCUGGCGAUGUUCCUGAGGCGACACGAGCGCGGGCCGUGGACGCGGGGCGGCGGGGAGGCGCCGGAGAUGGGUCUGGACCUGAGGGAUAUUCCGUCGAGAGUCGCCGCGUUUGGACCGGGGGACGUGGACGAGUAUCCCUUCGCGUCCGCGGACAAGGAAAACUGAUCGAUCGAACGAACGACAAGUGCCCGUCGCGCGUGUAACAACACAACACCUGAUUCUUUGA